UAAUAUAGGCUGCCAUGAGAAGGUAUGACCCAGAUUUAGGGUCUUCCUACUUCAAAUUAUCCAAUUAACCAAAACCCCUUACAGAAGUGCCCAGCAACUUGGGUUUUAGUUAAUCCCAGAUGUAGUCAAGUUGACAACCAAGAAGCUGGAUUCUGAGAUGUCAUCAAAGGAUAGUGGUGGCAGCUGCAGUGGUAGCAGGAUGCACAUACUUAUGAGCAAUGAGUGAAAGCUGGUAGGCAAAGACAGCUCUGCUCUUUCCUUGGACCUUGUUAUAUACCAGGGCUGCUAUACUCGUUACACAAGUUCUGCCCACUCUGGUGGAAGGUCUUCUCUCGGUUAAUCUUCCCAGAAAGUACCCUCAGAUCCAUCUAGAGGUGUGUCUCUUCGUCUACUCCAGAUCCAAUCUUGCUGACAACUAAGAUUACCUCCCCGCAAAGACCCAAACUGUAAUAGGGAACUGGCAGGGUGAAGGGCAGGCAAGAGUGUUUUGGAGCAAGUGAAUAAGAAAUUUCCAGGAGGUACAGUGGGAUGCCAGGCGGUUGGUGGCAGUGCUUGCAGAGAUGUGCACCCCAGGUGCAGGUCAGAUCAGGUGGACAGUGUCAAAAUAGUAGGGAUGAGGGCAGGAGGAUGAGGUGAGGGCACAGGGGUCUGCAAGUACAGUGCAGGGAGAGGCACAAACUCUGCCAAGGGCAAAGGGACAGGAGAGCUAGAGAGAGCCUGGAAAUGGAUGUGCCAGAGCUGUCAUGCAUCCUCUCAUUGGUCAGUCAGAGAUUCCAGCCACCUAAGGCCUGUCACUUCACAUGAGCCCACAACCCAGGGCUCCUAUCUAGAGCUUGCUCCUGUCCAGACUGAACUGCUCGGCCAGACCCUCCCAGGAGGCUAGGUGUGCACAGCAGGAAGGCUUUCCUACUGCAGGACUUAGUUGGGAUGCUCUUCACUGGGAGCCACCCCAGGCAAGUUCCUAGCAGAAGAAGCUGCUUGCAGCCUGCCCCACAGCCCUGCCCUGGGAGUAAGAUCCGUUAGAAAAGUAAACACUGCCUGUUGUCCCGCCCAGCCAGCAAGUAAAGUCUGUCACAUUCCACACUAACCAGACUCCCAGUCACCAGGGCUCCUGUCCAGCCAUCCGCUGCCUUUUCUAAGGAUGAGCCAGCUUUGCCUAUCGGUGUCACGCCAAAUGUUUCAUGCUGCCAGUAUCAGAGGAGUCCUCACUGGUGCCUUCUUCAUUCUGAGCUGCUGCGGGGUCUCUGAUUUCCAGAAGAGUUUUCUUCAAGAUCGGGAACCCAAGGAGGCACCCUCUAACUUUGGGCCCCGUGCUGCUGCAUUCACAGGCCAUCCUUCCUCUCUCCGCCAGAGACUGAGAUGGAGAAGGACUUUGGGGGACAUUCUGCACCUAGAACUGCUGGUAGCUGUGGGUCCCGAUGUCCACCAGGCUCACCAGGAGGACACAGAACGCUACGUGCUCACCAACCUCAAUAUCGGGUCAGAGCUGCUGAGGGACCCAUCCCUGGGGGCUCAGUUCCAGGUGCACCUGGUGAAGCUGAUCAUUCUCUCUGACUCGGAGAGUACUCCAAAUAUCACGACCAACAUCACCUCAUCCCUGAUGAGUGUUUGUGAGUGGAGUCAGACAAUCAACCCCCACGAUGACGAGAAUCCAAGUCAUGCUGACCUGAUUCUCUAUAUAACCAGGUUUGACCUGGAGUUGCCUGAUGGUAACAAGCAGGUUCGGGGGGUCACCCAGCUGGGAGGUGCCUGCUCCUCUUCCUGGAGCUGCCUCAUCACUGAGGACACUGGCUUCGACCUAGGGAUCACCAUUGCUCAUGAGAUUGGGCACAGCUUCGGCCUGGAUCACGAUGGUAUUUCAGGCACUGGCAGCACCUGUGAGGCCAGUGGUCAUGUGAUGGCGUCUGAUGGUGCAAUGCCUGCUGGAGGGGCCCUUGAGUGGUCCACCUGUAGCCAAAGGCAGCUGCGGCACCUGCUCAGCACAGGGCGACUGCACUGCUUCCGGGACCCGCCUGGGAUGCAGUCAGGACCUUCACGGCACCAGCUGGUGGCACAGCCCGGCCUCUACUACAGUGCGGAUGAUCAGUGCCGCGUGGCUUUUGGCUCUGGGGCUGUCGCCUGCACCUUCUCCAGGGAGGGUCUGGAUGUAUGCCAGGCUCUGUCCUGCCACACAGACCCGCUGGACCACAGCAGCUGCAGCCGGCUCCUUGUUCCUCUCCUGGAUGGGACAGAAUGCGGUGUGGAGAAGUGGUGCUCCAAGACUCGCUGCCGCUCCCUAGCCGAGCUAACCCCUGUGGCAGCAGUACAUGGACACUGGUCUAGCUGGGGGCCCUAUAGUCCUUGCUCCCGAUCCUGUGGAGGAGGUGUGGUCACCAGGAGACGGUGGUGCAACAAUCCCAGGCCUGCCUUUGGGGGACGUCCAUGUGUGGGUGAGGACCUCCAGGCUACGAUGUGCAACACACAGGCUUGUGAGAAGACUCAGCUGGAGUUCAUGUCCGAGCAGUGUGCCCAGACUGACAGCCUGCCACUCUACCUUCCCCAAGGCAGUGCCUCCUUCUACCACUGGGACGCCGCUGUGCGGUACAGUCAAGGGGACACUCUGUGCAGACACAUGUGCUGGGCUGUUGGAGAGAACUUCAUUGUGAGCCGUGGAGACAAUUUCCUAGAUGGGACCCGUUGUGUGCCAAGUGGUCCUCGGGAAGAUGGGACCCUGAGUCUGUGUGUGUUGGGCAGCUGCAGGACCUUUGGCUGUGAUGGCAGGAUGGACUCCCAGAAGGUUUGGGAUGCGUGCCAGGUAUGCGGAGGAGACAACAGCACGUGCAGUUCCCAGAAUGGCUCUUUCACGGCUGGGAGAGCCAGAGAAUAUGUCACGUUCCUGACAGUUACUCCCAACAUGACCAGCGUACGCAUCGUGAACCGCAGGCCUCUCUUCACGCACUUGGCGGUGAGGACCCAGGGGCACUACAUCGUGGCAGGGAAGACCAGCAUCUCACCUAGCAUCAUAUACCCUUCCCUUCUGGAGGACUGCCGUGUGGAGUACAGAGUGACCCUCACUGAGGACCGGCUGCCCCACUUAGAGGAGAUUCACAUCCGGGGACCUGUCCGGGACGAUGUGGAGAUCCAGGUGUACAGACGAUACAGAGGGGACUAUGGGGAUCUCACACACCCAGACAUCACCUUUACCUACUUUCAACCGAAACAGCCGGCCACUUGGGUGUGGACUGCUGUGCGUGGAGCAUGCUCAGUGAGCUGUGGAGCAGGGCUGCGCUGGGUGACCUACAGCUGCCAAGAUCAAGCUCAAAACAAGGGGGUGAAUAGCUCCCUGUGCCAAGGGAGCCCACAGCCACCUGCAUGGCAAGAGCCCUGUGUCCCUGCCCCCUGCCCUCCAUAUUGGACACCUGGAGACUUCAGCCCAUGUAGCGUGUCCUGUGGCGGGGGUAUUCGGGAGCGGCUAGUGCACUGUGUGGAGGCUCAAGAUGGUUUCUUAAGGACACUGCCACCAGCCCAGUGCAAAGCGGUAGCCCAGAAGCCAGCCCCAGAGGUUGAAAGUUGCAACUCCCAGCCCUGUCCUACCAGACCGGAGGUAUCAGGCCCCGAUCCUUGCAUGCCCACCUGUGAAGAUCUGGCCUCAAGAAACGUGACAUGCGUGCCCAGAGUGGGUGACCUGCAGGACGCAGCCACUGCAGGUCCCUGUCUCACAGAUGAGACUGCACCUACGCUGGAGCCCUGUUUCAGGGCUACAUGUUCUCCAGGUUGGGGUCAGCUGGACACAGUGUCUCUGGGAGAGGAGGCUCCAUCCGCUGCGGGCAGUGACAAGCCAGGAGCUCAGGCAGUGCCUGUGUGGACUCCUGUGAUGGGGCUGUGUUCCACCUCUUGUGGGCGAGGUCUGACGGAGCUGCAUUUCCUGUGCAUGGAUUCUGUCCUCAAGAUGCCUGUCCAGGAAGAGCUAUGUGACUUGGCCAGCAAGCCUUCGAGUCGGCGGGAGGUCUGCCAGGCUGGCCCGUGUCCUGCUCGGUGGGAGGCACAAGUCUUGGCACCAUGCCCAGUGACCUGUGGAGGGGGACGGGUGCCAGUGGCUGUUCAUUGUAUGCAGCUGGACCAUGGCCGCCCUGUAUCUCUACCUCACUCAAAGUGCUGGCCAGUACCUAGGCCAUCCCCCUUCAAGGACUGCAACCCUGAGCCCUGCCCAGCUGUCAUUGGAGUCUUCUCUUCCUGCAGAUGGAAAAUCCUGUCCCUUGGCCCAUGCUCAGCCAGCUGCGGCCUUGGCACUGCCACACGAAUGGUGGCUUGCAUGCAGCUUAACCAAGGCCAUGAGAGUGAGGUGGAUGAAGCUUUCUGUAAGGCUCUGGUGCGGCCCCAGGCCAGAGUCCCCUGCCUCAUUACUGACUGUGCCUACCGGUGGCACAUCAGCACCUGGACAGAGUGCUCCGUCUCCUGUGGGGAUGGCAUCCAGCGCCGGCAUGAUACCUGCCUUGGACCCCAGGCCCAAGCGCCUGUGCCAGCCAGCUUCUGCCAGCACCUACCCAAGCCAGUGACAGUGAGGGGCUGCUGGGCUGGACCCUGUGCAGGGCAGGAGACCCCCAGCUCACUGGCCCACAAGGAAGCUACUCUUCCCAGCCAGACGCAGGCUGCUGUUACUGUUGCUUCUCUGGAGUGGUCCCAGACCCAAGCCCAAGGCCACACCCUAUUUCCAGUCUCCCAGCCUCUGGGGAUCCAGGAAAACCUGGAAGAGUAUGGUGCCUGUGGAAGGCAGUACCUGGAACCCACGGGAACAAUUGACAUGCGAGGUCAAGGGCAGGUAGACUGUGUGGUGGCCAUUGGGCGGCCUCUAGGUGAAGUGGUGACCAUCCAAAUCCUCGAGAGCACCCUCAAGUGUAGUGCAGGGGAGCUGUUGCUGCUUUGGGGUAGGUUCACAUGGAGAAAGAUAUGCUGGAAGAUGUCUGGCAUGACUUUCAGCACCAAAACCAACACACUGGUGGUGAGGCAGCAUCGUGUGCAGCCAGGACAGGGAGUGCUGUUACAGUAUUGGAGCCAGCCUGCCCCAGGGACCUUCUACAGAGAAUGUGACAGGCAGCUCUUUGGACCUCGGGGUGAAAUUAUGAGCCCCCAACGGAGCCCAGACGGGAGGAAUGCAAGGAGCUGCCGGCUCUUCAUCAGUGUGGCCCCACAGGCCCGCAUUGCCAUCCGUGCCCUGGCCAGUGACAUGGGCACUGCCUCUGAGAGGAUCAAUGCCAACUAUAUCUCGAUCAGAGAUAUCCACAGCCUGAGGACCACAACAUUUUGGGGGCAGCAGGCACUCUUCUGGGAGUCCGAAGGCAGCGAGGCUGAACUGGAGUUUAGUCCUGGUUUCCUGGAGGCUCGUGCCAGCCUCCAGGGUCAGUACUGGACCAUCCCACCGAGGACACGGGAACAGGACAACAGUCUGACUCUGUCCUAGAGUUCUCUCCAGCCGCCAGAAAGGGAGGCAACCCUCCACUUAAGUGACCAGCCCUGGAGAGUGCAACACUAGCCUCUUGAGACGUUCUAACGCCUGCCAGCCUUAGGGAAUCUCUUUUAGGGACUUUUCCAGGUGCAGAAGGGCUGGGGCUGGGAGGUGGAGAUCGGGAAAAGCAGUCCCAACCCCAGUAGCUAAUAAAGGAUACAGGAAAUCUGA